UCUAAAAAAAUAAUAAAAAAAAGUUGUUUUUCCUGCCGGGUUGGAAGAAGACACAAAUAUACAGAGAGAAAUAACUGUUGCCAUACAGGAAAAAUGGUAAUUUCUUGUUUUAAAAUGUAUUUUCAGGUGUGAUUUUAGAAAAGCAAGGCAGUGGUUUCUUAAUAUCCAGUUGUUGUAAUGUUUUUUUAUUGUAUGUACAAAUAUGUAUGACUCAGCCAAUGGCUAUAAGUUACAUGUGUGUGGAUACGUAUUUAUUUUCCUUUCAAAUUGUUGUUUUCCAAUCAAAUAAUGACUAGUCACCUUAAGUUCGACACGUAUCGAUGAAUCUCUGUCCUUGGUCUUCUUUUGUGCUUUUAUUAUUUUGAUUGCUUGAUAUUCCAUUGUCCGCUUUAUUUUGAAAUGCCCCCGGAAGUAGUAUCUUCCAGACAAAGUCAUCUGCACCGUCUCGACUCUUAUUUUGUAGUUUAUUCACUCAGUGUUGGUGUCAUUUAAUGAGUUUAGGGUGUUUUCCCAUAGAAAACAGAGCGUAGCUGGGUGAAAAAGGAGUUUCUUAUAACGUUUGUGCGGCGCGAGGAUCAUGUGACGCUUUUAUUGCUUUGCACUGCAGCCAUGUUUUGGGAAAUGUUGCGUCUUUCGGGCUCACGUUCGUUUCCUGGAUAUAAGCGAGCGAGAGUGGGCGGCUAUGACGGGCAUUUGGGGGAAAGUUGGCGUUCUCCCUUCGUCUGAGUGACCGGGAACCUCCGCCAUGGCAGCCCGAGCCGUGGCCGUGGGUGUGCUGGCCGCGCUGUGGGUGUGUUUGGGGCCGCGCGCGCGCUCCUCCGCGGCGGCUGCAUUCUGUGAUACUGGAAAGCUCUUUGUGGACAGAGACCUGCCUCCGGCUGCAGCUACUGAGGACUGUGGGCUUCUCACCUGGCCAGAUUCCACUCAGACACUCCCAAGUAUUGAAAAUGUAUAUGACCCCGAGCCAGCCAGGAAAAUCUGCAUGGAUGAGUCUAUAUCCUACAGUCACGCCAUCCCUAGCAGCGGAGCGUUCAGACCCGUUGGCGCACAGAGUGGAGAGUAUGUGUACUGCCCCCCUCAACGCUGGCUCAAUAACCUAUAUCACGGAGCUGCUGUUUUGCUUUACCAUCCUUGUGCAGAGCCCGGCGAGCGUCAUCUCCUGUCUGGACUGGCGCACUCCUGUCUGCGAGACUACAUCAUCACGUCCCACCCACAGCUCAGCAGACACAGGCCCAUAGCCGUGGUGUCGUGGGGUCACACUUUGGAACUGAUCAGUGCCGCCUCUCUGGACGUCUGCGAUUGGCUGGAAAGCACAAACGGCAGAAGACGGGAGUCGGACCGUGGGAUUCCGACCCAGAAAUAUGAUCUCCUGCUGACUAGACCUGCAGCGUCGCACCAGCAGCGACUAAACAAGACGAAGGGUUCUCUGAAGCAGUGCUGUGUCCAGACCAUCUCCUCUUUGCUGGAAGGAGCUGCAGAGGUCAACACGAAGGAGGUGCAGUCCACGCAGAUCAAUGCCAGGAAGAGAAGAAGUGCCCUGGAGAGCAACCCGGACACAUGGGGGAAAGCCUCCAGCUUUUUAACCAAUCCAACCCAGAGAAUGCUCCGAGAUUCCAGAGGUGGGAGCAGCUCAUAUGGAUCAUCCGUGGAUUCCCUUCUAACUACUUCUUUCCCAAGACGAGGUCAUGAUUCUGAAGACCUCACACAAACCAAGGCCUCUACACCCCUACCCUUCAUGAGGAGUACACCGGGAGCCAACUCGUUGGGUUUGGGGGGUCUUCGGUUUCAGAAAAGCGAGCCGGAAGCAGAGAAGCACGCUCGCAGUGACGAUGAUCUUAGACCAGCAGACGUUGCUGCUGGAAAACAUCGUUCUGCCGAUAGUGAGCAAAGUGCAAAUGCAGCCAUUUUGAAAACCGUGGAGACCGCAAAACAGAAAGCAGAGGAGAAGAAGUUAAGUCGGCCGAUGAAGAUCAACAAAGCAUUUGAAGGGGGGGAAAGGCAAAGACUCAGCCCCACACAUUCUCGCCACAUAAGUGGAACGGACAGGGUGGAGUCUGCCUCCAAAUCCCAGUCAGAAUCUCCCAAGCAGCAAGACCUGCAGCAGGUGGAUCACAGCCGCCCCCAUAACUUGGACUGCGGCGUCUGUGAGAAAGACAAACCCUGCGCCUGCACCUCAGGCGGCAGCAAACGUCCCGCAGCUGUGAAUAGAGGGCUACCCAGGACCCCGAGGACGGACGAGGCCGUGUGGGCCGCAGGAGCCUUGGGCUUCCUGCUGGUCCUUCUCACGCUGUCGGUUCUUCACACUCGCCUGUACCGCCACUGGAGGACCUCGGCGAGCCUCUACUGGCACGACCCGCAGAGGGACUAUGACACCGUGGCAGAUGUGAUCCGCAGGAGGCUGAGGAAUGUGAAACCAAGACGGAAAAGAGGAAGAAGGCAGGAAUGCGUUCUGCUUCCGAGCUCCUCCAGCUCAGAUGAAGAGCCGUAGAACCGGACGGUCCAGAAGGACAGUGUUCUGCACCUGCCUCUGUCUGAUACCUGUCUGGAUAUUUACUGUGACUUGACUGCAAAAUGGGACAACAGUGCCGAGUUUAUUGAGCCUGAUGUGUUCUUAGAGAGGAUUAGGAAGCUUCCAAUGCCUUUGUGUUUACCGUGUUAGAAUGACAACAAAGGAAAACACAGCCAGAGCUUUGCCUCCAUGUGCUGCAGGUGGAGCAGCCAUCGUUGUUUCCAAACUCCAAAACCCUUUUAGGCCAAAUCUGUUGUUUUUAUAUCUGUAUGGGGCUACAGCGUAACACAUUGCUGUUGUAAGCAAUGCACUGCUGGAUUUUUAUUUGACCUCCAUUUUUAAAGAAAAUCUCUCCAAAACU